AUGGUUGCUAACAAAAGCAGACGCAAAGAGCUGUCUGUGCCUGACUACGUACGCAAAGAGUGGGAAGAGGGGAGCAAAAACAACAUGGCAGACUUGUUACUCAGAGUGAACUUCGAUAAGGAAGCAUUUUGCAAUGAAAUCCUCAUCAUUGUCAAGCGCAAGAAGACUUACCAAAUGGUUGUGGACGAGGGAUGGCAUUCGGAGUCGGACAUGAAAGAACUUGGUUGGAACACGCAGAAGAUCAAUGGUGCAAAAGCCCAUUGCCUGGCCUUGGGUGAGAGCCAUACCAGGAGAAACUCCUACGAUGGUGAGAUGGAGUACUUCAUCGUCGUGAAGGAAACUGCCCGUUCUACAGAAGAGAGCUCAUACGAGCAUCAGCAGUCGAAGCGCAUGAAGGCUGACACCGAACCGACCUCAGACCUUGGGACGAAUUUUGAUGGACUUGAUGCUCGGGAGAAGAGGGAUGCGGCUGUCAAAGAAAAACAACUUGACAAGCCCAGCAUGAACAAGUUCGUUCAGACCAAAGCAACGUUGAGAACUUUCCUCACUAGCAUGAUGAGCAAGUCUGGAAAGCUUCGGUCUUUAGUGCGUGAUCUGAAGAAGACCUACUCUGAUUCGGCUACGUCUGCGUGCAUCAAGACCUUGCAAGACCACAUUUCGGAGGUUGACAAGCAUUAUGAUGCUUGCAACGAGUCGUGGGCAAAGGGUGAGGUAGAAGAUUUCAGCACAGAGAAGUGGUACACGGACGCCGAAGCAAAGAUGAAACAAGCAACUUUUGCGUGCACAAAGGCCACGGCUGCAGAAAACAAAAUCAGGAAUGCCAAGAAGUACUAUGACAAGAAGACCCCUGAUGAUGCUGAGCCCCCUAACCGUCCAAAGAAAGACAAAGGGGAGCAUGAGAAGCCUUCUAAAAAGGACAAAAAGUCCAAAAAGGAUAAGGGUAAGCACCCCAAGAAGGCGGGGAAGGUCCUGCGCGGCAUGAGCGCAGCAAUUGGCGAAGAACCUCUUAUUUUUAAGUUUGGAUUUUCUCACAAUCCAGUCUGGAGAUGGACCAAUAGCAUAUACGGCUACUGCCACUCAAGAGAGAAGUGGACCCACAUGAUCAUCUUGCACUACUCACAAGAACCAUUCACCACAGCUAUGCUCGCCUCUUGCCGCUCAGCGAUACGGACUGCCAAGGACAUAGUGGCUGAUUUCGGUGAGGCCGCUGCUUCAAAAUCAGUUGGGGUUGUGGAGCUAGCAAAAAGGAAACUCGAAAAUUCUGAAAUGGAUUGCCACCGCUUGAUGGCCAAAAAGCACCGUUUAUCGCUGCCAGUUGACAAAGACUAUUUGGAUACCAAAGCCAAGAACAAGUCCCUGAGGAUCCCAUUCCUGCGCUUUCGAAAUUGGAUGAAGUUUCUGCUAGAAAACAAUUGCAUGCACAUCUUCAGCGGUUUGGUGAAACCAGACCGCAAGAGAGAAGGUGACAUCUGGGAAGCUUUUUGGCAGAGAUACGAGAAACAGCAUCCUUCUCACCCAAUUUAUCAAUUGGCACGUGAUGGGAAGGUCAAACUGCGAAAUUGUGUUGGAGUUCUUCUGCACGGAGACGAAGGGAGGUCACGAAAGCGACAAGCCUUCCUACUCCUCAACCUACAUAGUCCCCUCGGAAGAGGCGUGGAAGUUGGUCUGCAGAGAGCAACAAAACGGGAAUAUUUGAAGAUGCUGCCCAAUUUUGUUGGCCAUUCUUACACCAACCGUUUCUUGGUGAGUGCAAUUCCGAAAGCUCAGUACACAGGUGAAAACAGUUUUGUUUUCGACCUUCUUCUGGACAAGGUGGCAGAAGAGUUGUGCCACAUGUCCAGUGUUGGUGUGCAGCAAGAUGGUGAGACCUACCAUGCAUUUUGCCUGGGAGUGGUCGGUGAUUGGCCGUGGCUAGUGAAAUCAGGAAACUUGCAGAGGUCUUUCAUGAACGUGGAGAAGCACAAAGAGGAACACGGCGCGGGACAGCGACAGCGGCAGGACUGCCGUGGCAUUUGCCACUUGUGCCAGGCAGGGCAACCAGGUUGGCCCUAUGAGCAAAUUGGGUCUAGGCAUCCAACUUGGGAAGCUUCAAUUUGCGCUGAAUCCCCAUUUGAUGGGCAAAAUCCCUUGGAAGCCAUCCCACAUCCUGUGGAUGAGUUUCCAUUCUUCUACCACUUUGACCUCUUCCAUUGUUGGCACCUUGGCAUGGCAAAGCACUACUUGGGCUCCAUGCUAGCUUUAUUGUCUGGCCUGGAAGAUGGUGGCAACAUUGACUUAAGAUUCAAUCAGCUCACGGACAAGUAUUUGAGAUGGUGUUCUGAAAACGGAAGGACUGCUCACUGCCUUCGCAUCAUGAAAGAGCAUAUCCAGUGGAUCAGCACUUCACACUACCCUCAAGGCACAUGGCAUAAGGGAGAUUUGUCUACCUCCCUUAUGCUUUGGGUGGAAGCUAGGUACUUGUCUGAGAAUUGGCAAGAUGAAACUCUUGCACUGGCCGGCCAAGCUGCAGUUGCAAUCAAUGGGUGCAUUCGCUUGCUCUACAGUGGCGGGGCAUGGCUGUCACCAAAUGAAGCUAGAGAAUGUGGAGACCUUGGCCUCAGGUUUCUGAGGCGAUACAACCGCCUUGCUUGCAUGGCGUUCCAGGAGCAGAAACGAUUUUGGCUGGUGAUGCCGAAGGCACACGCCCUUCACCAUAUUUUUUUGGGGCUUGUGAAAGGAUCCGAAUUGGGUCCCACACUGUCACCUAUAGUGACAAGCGUUCAGCAAGAUGAAGAUUUUAUCGGCCGGGGUAGCCGAUUAAGCAGACAUGUAAGCCAAGCUCAAUGCUCAGAGAGGGUGGUCGAUAGGUACUUGCAGGCCACUUUUUCCCAAUAUAUGCAAUGUGGGCUCUUGGUUUCCAUUAGAGAGGAUUGA